AUGGCUGAUUGGGCAGAUGUUGCUGAUCUCCUGGGUGAAUUAAGUGAUAGCGAUGAUAAUGAUGAAGAAAAAAAGCUGAAUGUUGAAGAAACUUCUGGUAAUGAAACAUCAGUAUCAGAGGCAAAAGAGUCAGUGGGUUCGAAACGAAAACCUGACAAUGAUAUUGGUACGGAUGACGUACCGGUUAAAACCAGCAGAGGAGAACUAUCCAUUCACGCCAUCGAAUUAUUGGAUGACCCACUCUUUGGUUUACUGGAUCCUACAGACUUUACUGCAGUGGAUACUGUCUCGAAGAAAUCAUCUUUAGUUUCUUCCUCUGCUGCAGGUUCAUCGAAUUCGAAGAGUGGACUAAGUGUUCACUUUGCAGAGAAUGUCAAGAAUAAUGAGAAACCGUGCAUCAGGGGACGAGCAGAAGCAGGACCCAGCAGACAAGAUUCUCCGGAAACGGAAAAUUCCGAUGAGGAACAAGGUGAAACUGCUUUGCAGCCGAAAAAAUUAAGCAAACAAGAUGAAAUCUUGCGCCAAAAAAUGCAGAUAUUGGUUGCUAAUUUUUCCGCUGAACAACUGGCCCGUUACGAAUGCUUCCGACGCUCAUCUUUCCCUAAAAGUGCAAUUCGAAAACUUAUUCAACAGGCAACGGGUGUCACACCAGGACAUAAUGUUAUAAUAGCCGUUGCAGGACUUGCCAAAGUAUUUGCUGGAGAACUUGUAGAAGAAGGUUCUUUUCCUUCCACUUUUUUAAUAUUUGAUUAA